CUUCCGACCUGUACAUGCCGACGACUUGUGCUGGGCACGACGACUCCCCGUGUCGGACAAAGUCAUGGAACACAAUCCAAGCUCCUGCUCAAGCUGGAUUAAGCGCUACGCGGUCUUCGUUCUUGCCGCUGUCUCUGGCGAUAGACAAAGUAAGCGGCAAGAGGGAGACCCCGAAGAGGACGACCCGGAAGAAGGGCUUGCCUCUGACAUUUCCUGCACAAGACAUUCACUGGCAGUUGGCUGCCAAGGCUUCAGUCACUCAGGGACUGUGACACCCAACAGCACUUCUUCCUCAUCUAUAUCUGCAACAAUUCCAGCACCUAAUACGACGACUAUGGGGGUUACAUCCCCAUCAUCCCCGUCUUCGACGGCUGUAAGCGGUGACAGUCCAUCCGAAAGUAGCACUAUGCCAGUGGUCUCGUCUUGCACAGCAAGUCCUGCGUCCGGGUGCAGCACACUAUCGACUGACUCUGCGCCCAAGGCACCGUCCACCAUUAUUACCUCUUCGUCUAGCUAUUCGUCCGGAGCAACGGCAUCCAUUGGAUCGUCUUCGAUUAUCUCCACCCCAUCCGAGUCCGGGCUGUUCCAAUCCGGCUCCCAGGAUCUCCGUGCCGCUCGUACCAACACAGGUGCCAUCGCGGGCGGCGUCGUAGGCGGGGUCGUUGCCCUCCUUGCCGCAGCCACACUCCUCAUCUGCCUGCGGCGCCGCGCGCGGCGGAAGCGUAUCCCGCCGUCGGCAGAAUUCAUGGCAUACUCCUACGCUCGGGCACGGCCGGGAACACCGAAUAACCCCAUGUCGAUGUACUUGGUAAACAAAGACUUGGAAGAAGCGCCGCCGCCGUUUGAAGCGUCGUCGUUCCAUGAGCGGAUUAUUGAAAAGGCGCCGAUUGCAGCAGGGCGUGCCUUGUAG